UACGCCCUUCCUCCCAUGAGCCACCGCGGCGCGGGCCCGUUGCCGGCAUCGCUGCGUCUGACCCGGGUUUUGUCCUUGCACCCGAGUGACCGGUUCACCGUCCGCGGCCACCAUGAGCACGAUGUGCGCUGACACCAUCCUGAUCGUCUUCAUCUCGGUCUGCACCGCGCUCCUGGCGGAAGGCAUCACGUGGGUGCUGGUGUACAGAACUGACAAAUACAAACGGCUAAAAGCUGAAGUGGAAAAACAGAGCAAGAAGUUAGAAAAGAAGAAAGAAUCUAUUACAGAAUCUGCAGGGAGGCAACAAAAGAAAAAAAUAGAAAGACAAGAAGAAAAACUAAAAAAUAAUAAUCGGGAUCUUUCCAUGGUCCGAAUGAAGUCGAUGUUUGCUAUUGGAUUCUGUUUCACUGCUUUAAUGGGCAUGUUUAAUUCUAUAUUUGAUGGCCGAGUGGUUGCAAAACUCCCAUUUGUUCCAUUGUCAUACAUCCAAGGAUUAUCCCAUCGCAACCUCCUUGGAGAAGAUUACACGGACUGUUCUUUCAUCUUUUUGUACAUUUUAUGCACAAUGUCAAUUCGACAGAAUAUUCAGAAACUACUGGGUCUGGCUCCAUCCCGUGCAGCAACCAAACAGGCUGGAGGGUUCCUGGGACCACCUCCUCAAACUAGCAAAUUCUCAUGAUGGAACUGUAAAAUAGUAUUGAGCAUCAAAUGUCAGCUGCUAAGCCUCUCCACAGCUAAAGAGUCAAUUUAAAUUCUUCCUCUUUCCAUCAGUAAGUGAAAUAUCUCUUGGAUGCCGGUAUGUUGAAAGGCUUUUGUGUAAAAUGUAAAUGAAAUAUGAUGGUUCUGGAAACAAAAUAAGAUACAUAUAUGAUUUGCAGUUUAAAGUUUGUUCACAUUGUUAAACAGUCUGUGCUGAAGGCAGGUAAAACAUGAAGGUUUUUCCAAAGUAUGAAGGUUAUUCCUGAUGUUUGCAUCCUGUUUACAUCAGGAGUGUGAUGUACACAUUGAACAAAACCAUGUUUUAUCUGAAACAAUAUUUUUUAAUGCAUGGACCUAUAAAAUGCAAGAUUAUUUUGUGUCAGCAAUGAAUAAAAAUAUUAAUUUAAAA